CUAUAUAUAAUGAAUCCAAACAUGAAAUCUUUCAAAGAUCUCAGAUUCUUGUUUUCAGUAUUUCUGAUUUCUCAUAAAGUUUACAGCUUUCAAGAAAUGGAGUUUCAAGUCUCGGUGAUUUCUCGAGAGCUCAUCAAACCAUCUUCUGCAACACAUGAUGAUGAUGGUGAUCGUCUCCUUCACCAUCUCUCUUUUCUCGAUCAGCUCGCUCCUCCCAUUUUCAUGCCCUUUGUGUUUUUCUACACUAACGGCGAGAAUCUCACCAGACAAGAACGGACCGACAGGAUCAAGAGAUCUUUGUCCGAAACCUUGAACCUGUUUUACCCGCUAGCCGGACGUGUCAGGAACUCGAAUGGCUCCUGUUACGUCGAGUGCAACGGCGAGGGAGUGCCGUUCAUCGAAGCCAAAGCCGGUAUUCGGGCAUCGCAGAUUCUGGAGAACCCGAAUCCGAACGAGCUGAACAAGUUUCUUCCUUUCGAGUUUCACGAAGUGAGUGAGGUCGCUCUCACGGUUCAGGUCACUUCCUUUGAAUCCGGCGGUAUAGCACUCGGAAUAGGGUUCUGCCACAAACUCUGCGACGCCUUCUCCGGCCUCGAGUUCGUAAGAAACUGGGCGGCCAUUGCUCGUCGGGACAGCGAAAACGUCGACGCUCCUUGCUUGGAUCUUUCCAAGAUGUUUCCUCAGUGUGACAUGUCGGAUUUGGACAUGAGUACUGGUAUCAUGAAGGAGAACAUUCUCACCAGACGCUUCGUGUUCUUGAACUCCUCUGUCGAGUCACUGAGGGAGAGAUUCAGCGGAGGAAAUGUCCGAGCGACCCGAGUUGAGGCCUUAUCGGUAUUCAUAUGGAGCCGGUUCAUGGCUUCAAUUGGUGCAGAGGGAAACCCGGAUCGAAACGGGAAGAUAUAUACGAUGCUUCAUCCUGUGAACCUGCGGAAACAAGCAGAACCCGCGAUGCCCGACAACCUUUUCGGGAACCUCAUGAGAUUUUCGGUAACUGUCCCGAAAAUAAGCAGAGACAUUGAUGAUGAAACAGGGUGUUCCAUUGUGAAGCAGAUGAGGAAGGAGAUCAAGAGAAUAGACGCAGGGUAUGUGAAGAAGCUACAAGAAGAUAGACAAGAACACUUGGAGUUUCUGAAGAGACAAGCUUCGGGUUUUGUCAGAGGAGAGAUCGUGUCGUUCAGCUUCACUAGCCUCUGCAAUUUCCCGUUGUAUGAAUCGGAUUUCGGGUGGGGAAAACCGUCGUGGGUGGCAUCUGCAAGAAUGAGUUUCAAGAAUCUUGUAGCCUUCUUCGACACCAAACAAGGCGACGGAAUAGAGGCUUGGAUCAAUCUGGACGAGGUCGAUAUGUCGAGAUUUGAAUCCGAUCAGGAGCUCCUAAGUUACGUUUCUUCAGACCCGAGUGUGAAUCUCUCUGAAACGCAUCGUACUGAUCGAGAUCAUAGCUAAAGUUAUCGAAACUAAUGUGUUCCGAUUCAGUUUCAGUCUCAAAAAGUAUCGAAGCUUUAGGUAAGUUACUGUCCUUUUCUUUCUUCAAGAUUUCCAGUUGUGUGAUAUGUUCUGAAGUUGUUUCAAGUGAGUUUAAGUUUUUUUUUUAAUCUCAAAGCCUUGGAAAUCGCAUCAAUGGAAGAUUCUUAGAGGGUUUACAGAUUGAUUCCUGCAUCAUAAAAGGGUAACCAAAUCAUACGUUCAUGGUCAUGAUUCCACGGGAGGAACAGCCUCAGAUUCUUACACAGAACUUGCUGCA